GCCGAUUCUUGUUUUGCAUUUUGUCCUGCAAUGCUUCAACUGGUCUCGCUACAUGUCUAUGAUCUUUCACAGGGUUUAGCCAGACAAUGGUCCACUUGGAUACUUGGGACUCAACUCGAAGGCAUUUGGCAUACUGGUAUUGUAGUGUAUUCGAAAGAAUUCUUCUAUGGCGGUGGCAUUUGUGUCGAACGCCCUGGACAAACUCCAUAUUUUGCAUCUUCCUUCAAUAGCUCUUGGGACACCUUUUGGACAACUGCUACGACCAGUUAUAGCAGAUCUUCAGCAACAGUUUCGUCAGAACUUUGGAAGUUCUUCUGUCCUACACUUGUCCGAGACUCAAAUGAUUCGAUCAGCUUUCAAAGGAUACCUGGAAAUGGAAGUCCUGAUCACACUGAGGCUUUCUCUGGUUGGAAGAGCCUUGAAGAAUGUCUCUCCGCUGAAUAUCAGAAUCCGUUUCUGUUUGAACAGUUUGACGAGCAAAAAGUAGUCGGUAAACUCUACGAGUUGAACCCUAUGGUCAGAAAUCUUUCAAAACAAGGAAUAUUGGAGCUUUCGUUGAAUGGAGACUCCUCAACUUUGUUUCCACUGCUGGAUAAACUAAGGUUUGAUAUCUUACAAGACCGAAAUCUUGCAAUUGAGAUUUCGCAAAACUAUCUUUCCAGUAUUCUACAAAAACAUUGUUCUAGUGCAAGUCCAUGGUCGACGACGCUAAUGAGUCUUCGUCUUUUGACCAACAUGUUUCGUUAUGAUGACAUUAUUACUGAGUUUCUUGUGCAGACUUCCCAUCAAGAUAUUGUUGUAAAGUCUUUAUGCUGUAGUUUUGUUCAUCCAAAACCAUCAGUAGCCGAAACAGGAUGUGCUGCGUUAAGUAACUUUUGUCGAUGGUUGUAUCACUCAAAAACGGAGCUAUCAGAGGAAAUUCUAUUCCAGUUGGGUCACGACUUUUUUUCAUUUAUUACAAGAGAUGCAAGUUGCAACUAUGGAAGUCAGCAAAGGACUCACAUACUACUUUCGAUUGCCGCUCUUUGCAUGUACAAUUAGCGCAAUAUCAAAUAAACUGGUGGAAUUUUUG